GUCUCCAACACCCUGGAGCAGGUUCAGUCCCUUCAGCGAUGGCCUCUUCUCCAGCAGGGUCGUCAGGUUCCCCCAGGCACCAUCCCGACCACGGAAUCCUAGGCUCCCCUCCAGGAGACAAGGACGACUCAAGUCUGGACAGCUCUGAACAACCGAAGUUCAGGCGAAACAGGACCACCUUUAGCCCCGAUCAAUUAGAAGAACUGGAAAAGGAGUUUGAGAAAAGUCAUUACCCUUGCGUGUCUACCAGGGAGAGGUUGGCUUCGAAAACGUCCCUAUCGGAAGCUCGAGUACAGGUGAGAUUCUGUUACUUUAAACUGUAUUAUAUCGGCAUCAAAAUCGUAACAGCAAGAAUAAAUUUAGGCUUAUUUGAGGCUGAAUUUUGCUGCAUUCCGCGAAGUAAAAGUUGGUUUGUUUUCCACUUCUUUCAAAACUUCUAA